CAGUCUCCCCUAACAACUGCAUUUCCUUUGCCUUCUACCCAUCCUCUCUACGCCAGAGUUCAUACACGAAAAUGAAGAGUGGGGAUGCAACUGCAAUCAACAUCUCCGAGCCAAGCAGUGAGAGCAAAGUCAGCGACACCAAGGGCAAAUCCACCACAGCAGAGACCAAAGGGAAAGCUGCUGCGGGGGCUCCGGCUGUUGCCACCACAAAAGCUACAAAGAUUGCCCGGGGAGGAUGGAAGAAGGGACUCGCCAUUUUCGACUUCAUUCUGAGGAUCUUAGCCAUUGGAGCUACUCUUGGAGCCGCUAUUUCCAUGGGAACAACCGAUCAGACUCUCCCAAUCUUCACUCAAUUCUUCCAGUUCCAAGCUAGCUACAGUGAUCUCCCAGCUUUCACGUUUUUUGUGAUCGCAAAUGCUAUAGCUGCUGGUUAUCUUGUCCUCUCCAUUCCCUUCUCCAUCGUUGGCAUUGUUCGGCCAAACAUAGUAGGAGCUAGGCUCCUGCUGCUUAUCUUCGACACAGUUAUGGUCGCUCUGACGGCAGCCGGAGCUGGCUCGGCCGCUGCAAUUGUCUACUUGGCUCAUACCGGAAACUCAAGUGCAAACUGGGUAGCCAUCUGCCAGCAGUUCGAUGAUUUCUGUCAGCAAGUCAGUGGGGCUGUGGUGGGGUCUUUCAUCGCGACACUCAUCUUGAUGAUGCUGGUCGUUACGCUUGCAUUGGCUCUCCGAAAGCAAUGUUGAGAAGUCUAGCUCCAGCUUAUGAUGUUCUUCCUUCAUGUGUGAUCUUUCUAUAUAGUUUCUUUUGCUGGUUUUAUUUGUUUCACAACUUUAAUUUUACUGUGUGAGAUGUUGGUAACUUGGUAUAUAGCAUGGGAUCUUGGGUGGUGAAAUUGUUGACAAUCUUGUAGUGCUGAUCAGCAAGUUCAUUGGAUAAGUGAAUGAAAUAGUCCCAUCUGCUUUUCUGCCUUCUAUUACA